CAUCACACGGAUCGACCCCCAUUUCCCAAACCCACACCUCCUCCUAUAAAUACCCCCUCUAUAAUUCCAAUCACUCCCAUCCAUUCGCAAAAGCAACCAAUCUGUCUCCUACUCUUAAGCAAAUCCAAUUUCUGAUUUGAGCUGAGCAACGAUGUCCGGCCGCGGCAAGGGAGGCAAGGGUUUGGGCAAAGGAGGAGCCAAGCGUCACAGGAAGGUCCUCCGCGAUAACAUCCAGGGCAUCACCAAGCCCGCCAUUCGCCGUCUGGCUCGCCGUGGCGGCGUCAAGCGUAUCUCCGGCCUGAUCUACGAGGAGACACGUGGCGUGCUCAAGAUCUUUCUCGAGAACGUCAUCCGUGACGCCGUCACUUACACUGAGCACGCUCGGAGGAAGACCGUCACCGCCAUGGAUGUCGUCUAUGCUUUGAAGAGGCAGGGUAGGACCCUUUACGGGUUCGGGGGUUAGGGUUUCUGGGGAUCAAAGUCUUGCCGUCAAGAAUAGAUUAAGCAGUGCUGUUGGUUGGUAAUGGAAGAAGUAGUGGUAUUAGGGUUUAGGUUUCUAUGGUCUUCUAUUUUGUAAUUAGUAGUCUGGUUUGGGCUUCUGGGAAUCUGAAUGGGUUUCUGCUAGUUUGUAAUUUGCAAUUCCUUCUCUGAAUUGCGGUUUCUGAAGAAAUUGAAAAGCCUGUUCCUUUUGUUA